AUGGCCGGCAUCGACGACUGCAUUGGGGCAUUCGCCGCUUUAUGCACCUGCUGCUACACCGGUGCCCCCGGCGGGUGCUGCCCCCGCUCCCGCACGUGCUGCUCCUGCAGGCGGCGGCACAUGUCCGACGACGACUUCGAGCGCACCGUCGAGCAGCUCUACGCGCCCGGCCCCGGCCCCAAGCCGUGCGACGCCGGGGCCCCCAACGCGCCGCACGUCAUCGGGCUCCAGCCGACGCGCUCCGGCAGCGGGGAGGGCAGGGUGACGACGACGCAGCCGGCCCCGCGCCCGUCGAUGGAGGCGCGCACGCGGCGCUCGAUUUCACGCUCGCCGCGGGCGGAGGGCGGCGCCGGGGAGCCGGAGCCGGAGCCGGAGCUGGAGGAGGACAGGGAGCGCGCGAUACUCGACGCGCGCAAGGGCGCCAAGGCGCGCACGCGCGACUGGAUCGCCCAGCAGUCCGCGCACGCUCCGAAGCCGGACGUCGACGCGCGCGGGGACCGGCAGCACCAGCGCGGCCCGUCUGAACCCGCCCUGCGCGAGCAGCCGUCGCUCUCGAGGGAGGGCUCGCACCGCGCGCACCAGUCCGAGGGUGACGCGCGGCUGCAGCUGCAGCUGCAGCGGCCGGCGGAGGCGCACGCGGGGCCGCAGGGGAGGAGCGGGCGGUCGCCUGAGCCGCAUCUCAACUUGCAGCCGGACCCCAGUACGCACGCGCGCGGGGAUGGAGGGAGCAUCGGGAGGAUGUCUUCGAGGAGGAGCCGGGCCAGCGGAGAUGGGGGAGGGGCGAGGGUGCCGCCGCGAGCGGAGAUACCUGCCGCGCUGCGACCCGGGCGACCGCAGAGCUCUGUGCCGACUCAAAUACCCUUCGAUCUCGGGCCUGCACCGGCGCUGGGACCUGGGCAGGGGCUGUCGUAG